AUGUCGGAUAGGAUUAUCGCUACCAAUGCUGUCUCGCUUGCCAUCGCGGCCACAGCGAACCUGACAUUGAUAUCAAAAUUUAGUCGCGGCCCCGCUUCCUUUGUUGGUCAUUCUAUAGUUAUCGUUGGCUGGUACAUUUCAUCGUUUCUCCUAAUCCCAGCGAUUGCCGUGGCUUCCAUAUCUCUUCAGCUUCCAUCUACACAGGGCAACUCUUUCUCACAGGCAUUUUAUUAUGCUUGCUUCGCUUGUGGGCUCUACUUUAUCGUCUCCUCCCUUAUGCUCAUUUCUGUAUAUGCAGCUCGAUCUGGCUAUUACAGCGAAGAAGCUAAGUGUGUCAGAUGUGAGACUGCACUCACCUACCAAACAAUCAUCUUCAAGGCCUAUCUCUUGAUUGGUGCUCUGGUAUUUUCGAACAUCGAAAAGUGGAACUAUCUGGACGCAGUCUACUGGGCAGACAAUACUAUUUUGACCAUUGGGCUCGGGGAUUACGCUCCCAAGACACACCUCGGACGAUCCUUGGUUAUCCCUUACGCCGUAGGCGGUGUCUUGCUGUUAGGUCUAAUGAUCGCGUCCAUCCAAUCCUUUUUGACCCAACGCCAGAAAAGAAAGACCAGUAGUAUAAUGAAGGAGACACAACAUGCUUUACUGAAGCGCCUGCAGUCGAGUAAGUCGAAGGGAAAAAUUAAUGAAGAGGAUUUCAAAAUGUUCCGUGAUAUCCAGGAGCGAGUUUCACAAAAGCACCGAUGGAUCUUGCUAUUUGGUUCAGGAACUGCCUGGUUUGUGCUUUGGUUUCUUAGCGCAGCGAUAUUCAAACGAACGGAAAGCGUCCAGAACUGGUCAUACUUUCAAGCACUCUUCUUUACAUUCAUCGCUCUUAUGACGAUAGGAUACGGAGAUCUCUAUCCGGUAAGCAAUGCCGGCAAAGCAUUCUUCGUAUUCUGGUCGCUGCUAGCAGUACCCACUAUCACUAUCCUAGUCAGCUCCAUGGGGGACACAAUCAUCAAAAGGCUUAAAGACAACUCGACACGGUUGAGAAACCUUGUGCAGCAAUUUGGAGAUUUCAGCAGAAAGAAGAGCUCGAAGUAUUCUGCGAGGAGUGUAUGUGAAGGGAAGACUCUCGACACCGAGCACCGGAUGAGCCCCUUCCAGAACUCACCUUCCAUUGGAUCAAGAAGAAGUGCUUUGACAAAGGGGAAGAUGUGCGACGAAUCGACACAACCUCCAAUUGGAACAGAAAAUAGAGCCAUAGAGCAUGGCUCAAAAGACCCAAUGGAGGAGAUAGGACCUAGCCUCGGAAAAGGUCAGCCUUACUAUCAUUAUUUGCUGAUAAAGGAAAUCAGCAAUGUUGCUGCACACCUCUUUACAUCACCCUCACGAAAGUUCACGUAUGAUGAGUGGGCAUGGUUUCUAGCACUGAUCUCCAGAGGUGAACAUGCUGGCGUCUCUCGAGCAAACAUACCAGACGAGUUUGAAUGGGUUACAUCGCGAGAUAUUGGCAAACCAGGCAUUUAUGAAGAAGGUAAUGGAUCAAGUUCAUCGAACUGGCUGACUAAUGGAAGCUACCUAAAGAGCGGGAAAUCGGAAGCCCAGUGGAUGCUUGAGCAAUUGAUCAUGACUCUCAAGAGGGAAUUAAUACCACGAGUGGAAGAACGUCGGUGA